GAAAAAACUCCUACAGCAUAAAACAUUGCGCGGCGCCAUCGUCCUCCACCUCUCGCCAUUUGUAUUCAGAUCGUUUAACCAGAGGACUAACAGUACGGCUUAACUCUCAUCAUGGUCCACGUUGCCUUUUACCGAAACUAUGGGAAAACCUUUAAGAAGCCAAGACGUCCCUACGAGAAGGAGCGUCUAGAUGCUGAGUUGAGGCUGGUGGGAGAGUAUGGGCUGAGGUGUAAGAGAGAGCUGUGGAGAGUACAGUAUGCUCUGAGUCGAAUUCGUAACAAUGCUAGAAUGCUUUUGACCCUGGAUGAGAAGAACCAACGUCGUAUUUUUGAGGGUGAAGCCCUUCUGAGGAGGAUGAACAGGUAUGGGUUACUAGACGAGAGCCAGAACAAGCUCGAUUAUGUGUUGGCACUCACUGUCGAGAACUUUCUGGAGCGACGUUUACAGACUCUGGUGUUCAAGUCUGGCAUGGCCAAGUCCAUUCACCACGCUAGAGUGCUUAUCAGGCAGAAGCAUAUAAGGGUCGGGAGACAGGUGGUCAAUAUUCCCUCAUUUAUGGUUAGGGUGGACUCACAGAAGCACAUUGAUUUUUCAUUGAAUAGUCCUUUCGGUGGUGGACGCCCUGGGAGAGUGAAGCGCAGGAACCAAAAGUCAGCUGCGAAGAAGGCUGCUGGUGGAGAUGGAGGAGACGAAGAUGAAGAAGAGUAAGCUGAACUUUAGAUAUAAGACGAUAAUGAUCAUCAUUUCUUUUUUAAACUACGACUGGCCUUUUUGAGAAGGCUAUGUCAGUUAAGUUUUGUUUUGCUAUUUUCUUCAUUAUUUUUGAGAAUAUGUUGGUUUUGCAUAUUAUUUGAUAUUAGGUACGCGAGAAUUUUCUUGGGUUCAUGCUUAAA